UUCAAACCCAGGCCUCUGGCUCCACAGGGCAGCCUCCUUGGCUGGUGUCAUGCUGUCUUCGCUUUAGGUAGAAGAGCUGGGACUGGAACCCAGCCCGAGGGUACACCACAGCCCAGGAGGAAGCCACGCCAUAUGCCUGGGAUGGUGGAGACCAAGGACUUGGUGCAUCUCCGGCAGCUCAACUUGGCACUCCUGAGGCAGCUGUGGGUCGGGCAGGAUGCCGUUCGGCGGUCAGUGGCCAAAGCAGCCUCAAAGUCAGCCCUGGAGUCCAGCAGCAGCUAUGACUCCCAGACACCGUCGUCCCAGGAGACGUUGUUAAUGGCCCUCAGAGCCUCCGGCCUACACCCUGCGCACCAGGGUGAUCCCUGUGAUAUGUCUGGGCCUGGUGGGACCAGCUCUGGAGUGAUCUCUCUCCCUUCUGCCAAGUACCGACACCAGGCGUCCCUGGGCUCACUGAGGCCCUACCCGGCACCCUUGCUGGCCAUCUCAGAUCCAAAUGACCCAGCGCUUUCAGCCGAGCUGGACAGUCCAGGGCCUCAGGAGGUCCAGGCCCAGAGCUCCACCCUGGAUCAACAAAAGUGGCUGUCCAAGUCAAGAGUGACCCUCAGUGAGGAGUCUGCAUUGCCGGACAGGAGCGGGCACUUCCGGCCAUACUUGGGCUACGAUUGGAUUGCAGGGUCUCUGGACAACAGCUCACCCAUCACCAGCAAGCCUGAGGCCUUCUUUUCGAAGCUACAGGAUUUCCGGGAAGCCAACAAGGAGGAGUGUAUCAACAGUGACCCUGAACCCCAGUUCCUAGGCCCGUGGGAGAGCAGUGGUGUGGAGGAAGACCAUGAAUGCCUGUACUGUUACCGCGUCAACCGGCGCCUGUUUCUGGUGCCUUCCGAUCCUGGCGCCCCUUGCCGCCUGUGCCGGACACCUCGGGACCAGAAGCGUCCUGAGACUCGGGUGCAGGCAGCGCAGGUCCGGGUGAGCAUCCCGCUGUCCGUCCUGGACCCCCCGCACCAGUACCGCAUCCACCGGCGGAAGAGCUUCGACGCCUCCGACACACUGGCCCUACCCCGGCACUGCCUGCUGGGCUGGGACAUUCUCCCUCCGAAGUCCGAGAAAAGCUCAGCACCCAAGAGCCUGGACCUCUGGUCCUGUGUCUCCUCUGAGACCCAGCACCGGAAGCUGUCAGCUGCCAGUACUUCUCACCUGGCCCUGCCAACAAGGGUCCCACACUGCACCCCAAUCUGGUCGGAACCCCAGCCGUGUGCCCCCUGGCUGAAGCCCUGAGGACUGGCCACUUGGAGGAGGACAGAGCCCCUGCCAUCACCUGUAACCGUGUCCCCUGUUAAGGCACCCACGACAAGGGAGGUGGACUGCGGCCCCACCCUCCUAGGUGGGCAGGUGGAUGGCCCCAGGCUUUUCUCCUUCCUGGGGACAGAGGUGGGG